AUGGCGGAAGACGAGGAAGAGCGCGCCGAAGAACUCACCACGCUACAGUCCAUCUACCCCGAGCUGGUGGUCGACGACAGCAAUCCCUACCGCGCCACGCUCGACCUGCUUGUCGCGCCAUCCAAGCCUGUCCCCGUUACUUUCGAGCCUUCGCAACAUGUCGAACGACUCGCUUAUCUCCCGCCUCUACGUCUCGACAUCCUCUUACCAGACGGAUAUCCUGCACAAGCCCCGCCCAUCGUGAAGCCCUCGACUUCGCCGCGCUGGCUACCCGGAAACCUCGAGGCUACACUGUCCAACCAGGCACAGUCGCUAUGGCACGAAUACGGCGGGGGCAUGAUCUUGUUCGCCUAUAUAAGCUCGCUGCAAGAACAGGCUGAGACUGCUUUUGGUCUGCACGAGCUCACACUCUCGUCGAGCAUGCACCAGGACUUGGUCGACUAUGCCAGGCGCAUGAAGAAGGAUCUCUUCGACAAGGAAACUUUUGACUGCGAAGUGUGCUUGGAGCCCAAGAAGGGCUCCGCCUGCUAUCGCAUGGCUCGCUGCAGCCAUGUCUUUUGCAUUGCCUGUCUCCAGGAUUACUACAACAAUUGCAUCAAAGAGGGGGAUAUCAACAACGUAAAGUGCAUGUCCACCGAAUGCGGCAGCAGUGGAAAGAAGAAGGACCGGUUAUUGUCCCCAAGAGAACUGCUACAGAUACCCAUAUCAUCCGCUCAGGUGGAGCGCUACGCCAAGAUCAAGCGGAAGAAGAAGAUCGAGUCCGACCCGACAAUCAUCUUCUGCCCGCGAACCUGGUGCCAAGGUGCCAUGCGAACGGACAAAUACCCAAAGAUCACCGACGUCAGCCAGAUGGAUAGCUCCGACUCCGAAGACGACGAUGUUCCGGAACAGAGUAUAAGCGUCGAUACUGGGCCUGAAAAGCGCGCGGUUGGCGUGAGAGGCAUGGAAAGACUGCAGGUCUGCGAGGACUGCAACCUUGCAUUCUGUGUCGUCUGCCUGGCUUCAUGGCACGGAGACUUUGUCCGCUGUGAGCCUCGCGAUGCUACCCAGCUUACCGAUGAGGAUCAGGCAUCCCUCAACUUCAUUUCAAAGCACACAACGCCAUGUCCGUACUGCUCUGUGCCUUGUCAGAAAUCCUUUGGAUGCAACCAUAUAACAUGCGCCCAGUGUCAGACGCACUUCUGCUAUCUCUGUUCUGCUUGGCUCAACCCAGACCAUCCCUAUGCUCACUUCAAUGACCCAAAAUUCAAGGAUUGCUUUCAGCGUCUCAUGGACGGAGCUGAAGGUGACAUGGCCAAUGGUGAUGUACGAUUCGGCGGACGGAGAGGCGCGGAGCAGCUUGCUGAUUUUUGGGAGCAAGAAGCAAUGCGCAUACAAAUGGAACAGGUGGAGGACGAAGUGUGGUAGUGUUAGCAGCCUAAUGAAUGCACCCUUCUC